AUGGAAGAUCCGAUCACUUCUCCAUACGAUAUUCUCUUUGAAGCUCUCACGCUCAUCCCUAUUCGUCACUACCUCUACGCUCUCUUCCUCAUCUGGACCGUAUUCGUCUACAAUUUCGUCGAGUUCCAUUUCCUUGGUGAUGCGGUUCUUCAGUAUUUUAGAUGUCGAGUGAAUCUCAUCUACAACCCACAUUCUCCUAUUUACCACGGUGUUGCCUCUCGCUGCCGGACUCUUCACGGCCGAUAUGUGGCGACGCCAUGGUUAGCGACCCCUCAUCUUCAGACUUGUUUCCUUAAUUUCCAUGGAUUGCCUCCCGGGCAAAUUUCCCUUUUUUUUGUUUGUUUGUUUGUUGCAGUUCUUGAUGCGGAUCCUCCCAACAAUCAGAAUGAAAUCACAAAGGAAGACACUACUCCCAUUGCUGUUGUUAUUCCAGGGUUAACUAGUGAUUCUUCCUCUGCCUAUCUUAAGCACCUUGCCUACAACACAGCAAAAUCCGGUUGGAAUGUUGUUAUUAGCAACCAUAGAGGAUUGGGUGGUGUUUCUGUUACUUCCGAUUGCUUCUAUAAUGCUGGAUGGACAGAGGACGUGCGGGUAGUUCUUGCUCAUCUUCAACACGACUACCCAAUGGCUCCUCUCUUUGCUAUUGGAACUAGCAUUGGAGCUAAUAUUCUGGUGAAAUACCUUGGGGAAGAGGGUGAGAAGACUCCUCUGAAGGGCGCUGUAGCUAUUUGCUCUCCAUGGGACCUCUUAAUUAGUGACAGGUUUAUCUGCCGAAAAUUCAAACAAAGGUUGUACGACAGAGCUCUAACCAUUGGUCUUCAAGGUUAUGCCCAAUUACAUGAACCUCAGUAUACACGGCUUGCUAAUUGGGAAGGCAUAAAAAAGUCACGUUCCAUCCGAGAUUUUGACAAUCAUGCUACAUGUCAUGUCGGGAAAUUUGAGACUGUGGAUACAUUUUACCGAAAAUCUAGCAGUACCCAAUACGUAGGAAAUGUUGCUGUACCGCUACUCUGUAUCAGUGCUCUAGAUGAUCCCUUAUGCACAAAGGAAGCUAUUCCUUGGGAAGAAUGCCGGGCAAAUAAAAACAUUGUCUUGGCGACAACAAAUCACGGGGGACAUCUAGCGUUUUUCGAAGGAUUGACUGCAUCUAGCUUGUGGUGGGUUCGGGCCACAAACGAGUUUCUUGGCGCACUCAGCUGCAGUCGCUAUAUGCAUGUACAGAAAAUUCAAGAGAGUGGAAGCUCAGGAUCAGGAAAGCAGGAAGAGCCUACGAUAAACCAAAGCCCGUACCUAAAAAUUGCAGAAGACGGGUUGGUGGCAGUAGUCAACUUGGAGGAAAACACCCCACGGUCAGAAGAAGCAACACAAGUAUUGAACCAGAGAGGACCAAAGGUUAAAGAUAAGAGAAGCUUUAACGUGUUGUGCCGCCAGACAAAACGGUCCAUAUGGUUGCUUGGUUACAUAGGCAUGGUAACAGGUUUCCCUUUAGUUGGGAUGCUCAUGAGCUACCUCUUCCGUAAGAAGCAACGACCCAUAACAGCCUCCAAGUCCUGA